CUACCGUUGCUGGCGUCUUGACGUCACGGCUUGACUGUCAAGACUUUCGUUUUCCCUUCUGCAACAACAAAACCAAUGUUGACGUUAUAGUUGCUGCAGAUUAGAGACAUGGCAGGCCUGGAGGUGUUGUACAGCUCUGUGGCCGGCAGCAUCAGCUGUCCACAGGACGCAGUCGUGUGUUUCGUUCACUGGGAAAUGAUAAAGAGCGGAUACAGGUGCAUCGGCUCUGGAGACGAGCCCCGCAGCAGUGAUAAGAAGUCAGAGCUGCUGCCUGCUGACUGGAGCAGCAACAAGGAGUUGUACAGUCUGAGAUAUAAAGCCAAAGACGGUGACAUCCAGUUGCUGCUCAAAGCUAUCGCUGUGGAUUCCACCUUGAUCUUCAACCUGAUGAACUCCAGCACACAGCAGGUGUCGGACUUGACGGUGAACAUCAGCGAUCAUGUGGAUGCUGACCAGUUGCGCAACUUUGACAGUGUAUUCAAGGACGCAGACAGUUUGUCAGAGAAGGUGAAGACUCAGCUGCUUCCCUCCCAGGACAGACCGAAGGGACAGAAGACGGAGAGGAAGAGUCGGAGGGAUGAGGAGGAGGAGGAGCAGCAGAGACGAAGAGGAGAGGACAGCGACCCCCUCCGCAUCCCCAACAGACAUCCUCGCCAGGGAACACAGCCGCACUGGCCCGACCCCAUGGUUCCUCCGUUUGCAGCCGGAGGUGCAGAUCUGGAUCCUUUCGGGUCUCGCGGCGGUGGCGGGAUGAUCGUUGACCCGUUGAGGUCGGGGUAUCCUCGCUCUGGUUUCGACCCCUCCAGCGGGAUACCAGACAUCCUGCCUCCCGGAGCCGUUCCCCCCGGAGCCCGCUUCGACCCGUUCGGACCCGUCGGACGACACAGGCCAGGGCCGGAUCCAGACCACAUGCCACCACCCGGCUAUGAUGACAUGUUCAUGUAGUAACCAGCAAUGUUUCCUGCUUUUCUACUUCCUGUUUGCUACUCACAACGACAUCCUGUCUACUAGCCAAUAGGAGGCAGGGGAGAAAGUUGUCAUCUUCACCUCCUUCAGGGUUGGGUUUGAUCUAGUUUAGUUGCCUGAAAAUAAUAUUUUUGCCUUUUUUUAUUUUGAGAAGUUAGAGUAAGUUGUUUUUCUAAUCGUUCAUUUCAUACAACUAAUGUGUAACUUUUGUAGAACUGGCGUUAAAUAUACAUCAACAGAUCAGACAAACUGUCUAAUGUAAAAUAUGUUUUUUGAUGUCAAACUGACAGAAUAAAAGCUCUUUUUUUUUGUAUUACAAGUUAAAACACAACAUCAAACUAGAAUAAAUUGACCGAUUAAAUUACUCAUCUAAUCUCAUAUUUUGUCUCGUUUACUGGCGUCUGAAAAUCUGGAAAUUGUGUAUUGCGAAGCGUUGAGUUAACGUUUAAAAACAGGCGAGUAGAGUCGAGUUGAGUUGGUACCACGUAGAGGAAAUGACGUAGUGAGACGGCAUCUGGUCUGUUGAAUCUUUUAUUUCUCUCCAAAAGAAAAACCCUCUUUCCUCUGGUUCCUGAUCGAUAGAAGAAAGACGAGAUAGUUUGUUUAGAUUCUCAUGAUCCCAUUGAACUGCAUCCUGUAGUUUAUAUUUAUUCAUAGAAGAGAACAACUCCUUGAAUUUUCUUGUAUUUCUGUUGUGGAUACAUUGGGAAGUUUGAAAUAUUAGAAAUCUGUACAGUUUGUUUGGACUGUUGUUGAUUGAACAACACAGUUGAUGAAGUGUAUCUCCUGCAAAAACAUCUAAUAAAAAUCUUACCUGACAUUC